AUGGUGGUGUUGUCGCUGAAAAUAUGCGUUCGGCACUGCAACGUGGUGAAAACCAUGCAGUUCGAGCCAUCCACAGCGGUCUACGACUCCUGCAGGAUCAUACGUGAGAGAGUUCCUGAGGCACAGACGGGACAGGCUUCGGAUUAUGGUCUGUUCCUGUCUGAUGAAGACCCCAGAAAAGGCAUCUGGCUGGAGUCUGGCAGGACACUGGACUACUACAUGCUGCGAAAUGGGGACAUUCUUGAAUACAAGAAGAAGCAGAGGCCCCAGAAAAUCAAAAUGUUGGACGGGGCCGUUAAAACCAUCAUGGUGGAUGACUCCAAAACAGUCGGGGAGCUGCUUGUGACUAUAUGCAGUAGAAUAGGCAUCACCAACUAUGAGGAGUACUCUCUGAUUCAAGAGACACUGGAGGAGAAAAAAGAGGAUGGGAUGGGAACGCUGAAGAAGGACAGAACGCUGCUGCGUGACGAAAGGAAGAUGGAGAAGCUUAAAGCCAAACUGCACACGGACGACGACUUGAACUGGCUGGACCACAGCAGGACCUUCAGGGAGCAGGGAGUGGAAGAGAGCGAGAUGCUACUGCUGCGACGUAAAUUCUUCUAUUCGGACCAAAACGUCGACUCAAGAGACCCAGUCCAGCUCAACCUUCUUUAUGUGCAGGCUCGAGAUGACAUCCUGAAUGGUUCACACCCGGUGUCCUUUGACAAGGCAGGGGAGUUUGGCGGUAUUCAAGCCCAGAUCCAGUUUGGACCUUACAUCGAGCACAAACACAAACCUGGAUUCCUCGAUUUAAAGGAAUUCCUUCCCAAAGAGUACAUAAAGCAAAGGGGAUCAGAGAAGAAAAUAUUCCAGGAACACAAAAACUGUGGCGAAAUGACAGAGAUCGAAGCCAAAGUAAAGUACGUCAAAUUGGCGAGAUCGCUACGGACUUACGGAGUCUCGUUCUUCUUAGUCAAGGAGAAAAUGAAAAGCAAGAACAAGUUGGUGCCGCGCCUACUGGGUAUCACCAAAGAGUCUGUGAUGCGGGUGGACGAGAGGACCAAAGAUGUGGUACAAGAGUGGCCGCUCACGACCGUCAAGAGGUGGGCUGCCUCACCUAAGAGCUUCACACUGGACUUUGGGGAGUACCAGGAGAGUUACUACUCAGUGCAGACCACCGAAGGCGAGCAGAUCUCGCAGCUUAUUGCGGGUUACAUUGACAUCAUCUUGAAAAAGAAACAAAGCAAGGAUCGUUUUGGAUUGGAAGGUGACGAGGAAGCAACCAUGCUUGAGGAAUCUGUAUCUCCAAAAAAGUCCACCAUCCUCCAACAGCAGUUUAACCGCGUGGGCCGAGCGGAACACGGCUCGGUGGCGCUUCCCGGAGUCAUCCGAUCGGGCUCCAUCGGAACAGAGUCGUUAAGCAUGGGCUCCAUGCCGUCUCCUCAGCAGCAGAUUACCAUGGGUCAGAUGCACCGUGGACAUAUGCCACCGCUGAGUUCAGCCCAGCAAGCUUUAAUGGGAACCAUAAACACCAGCAUGCAGGCUGUGCAGAAGGCCCAGAUUGACCUGGGAGAAGUCGAUGAUCUACCUCCACUAGGACAGGAUAUGGCCUCAAAGGUGUGGAUCCAGAACAAGAUGGACGAAUCCAAGCAUGAGAUUCACUCUCAGGUUGACGCCAUCACUGCAGGAACUGCUUCCGUUGUCAACCUCACGGCCGGCGACCCGACCGACACGGACUAUACGGCAGUGGGCUGCGCUAUUACCACCAUCUCUUCCAACCUGACCGAGAUGUCAAAAGGAGUUAAGUUGUUGGCGGCUCUCAUGGAGGACGAGGUGGGCGGCGGUAAUGACCUAAUGAAGGCCGCCAGGACACUGGCAGGAGCCGUGUCCGACCUGCUCAAAGCUGUAGAGCCAGCAUCAGGAGAGCCCAGACAGACUGUACUGACAGCAGCAGGCAGUAUCGGCCAAGCCAGUGGAGACCUCCUGCGCCAGAUUGGAGAGAAUGAAACAGAUGAGCGGUUCCAGGAUGUCCUGAUGAACUUGGCCAAAGCGGUUGCUAACGCUGCUGCCAUGUUGGUCCUGAAGGCCAAAAAUGUAGCCCAGGUCGCGGAGGACACAAUCCUUCAAAACCGGGUCAUUGCCGCUGCCACCCAGUGCGCCCUGUCCACCUCGCAGUUGGUGGCAUGCGCUAAGGUGGUGAGUCCCACUAUCAGCUCCCCUGUUUGUCAGGAGCAGCUCAUCGAAGCUGGGAAGUUGGUUGACCGCUCGGUGGAGAGCUGCGUCCAGGCGUGCCUCUCGGCCACAGAGGACGGAGAGCUCCUCAAACAGGUGAGCGCGGCAGCCAGCGUGGUGAAUCAGGCUCUGGAGGAUCUGCUGCAACAUGUCCGUCAGUACACUUCUAGAGGAGAACCAAUUGGCCGCUAUGACCAGGCCACUGACACCAUCAUGACUGUCACUGAGAGCAUAUUCACGUCCAUGGGAGACGCAGGAGAGAUGGUCCGACAAGCUCGCGUCCUGGCCCAGGCCACCUCAGACCUGGUGAACGCCAUGAGGUCGGACGCCGAAGCGGAGGUGGACGUGGACAACUCUAAGAAGUUGCUGGCAGCGGCUAAAUUGUUGGCUGACGCCACUGCCAGGAUGGUGGAGGCGGCCAAGGGUGCAGCGGCCUAUCCCGAGAACGAGGAUCAGCAGCAGCGACUGAGAGAGGCUGCGGAGGGACUGCGAGUGGCCACUAAUGCUGCUGCUCAGAACGCCAUCAAGAAGAAGCUGAUCAACAGACUGGAGAAUGCUGCCAAGCAAGGUGCAGCCGCGGCCACUCAAACCAUCGCCGCCGCUCAGAAUGCUGCCGCCUCCAACAAGAACACAGCCGCUCACCAGCAGUUGGUUCAGAGCUGCAAGGCAGUGGCUGACCACAUCCCUCAGCUGGUCCAGGGGGUGCGCAGCAGUCAGGCCAAACCAGACGACAUCAGUGCACAACUUGCCCUCAUUAUUGCCAGCCAGAACUUCCUACAGCCUGGUACUAAGAUGGUGACUUCCGCCAAGUCAUCAGUUCCCACAGUGACAGAUCAGGCUGCAGCCAUGCAGCUGGGUCAGUGUGCCAAGAACCUGGCCACCUGCCUGGCAGAGCUAAGAACAGCCGCACAAAAGGCACAUGAAGCCUGUGGCCCCAUGGAGAUUGACUCUGCAUUGACUGCUAUACAGACAUUAAAGAAUGAGCUGCAGGACGCCAGGCUAGCUGCUGGCAACGGGCAACUAAAACCUCUGCCGGGAGAAUCGUUGGAAAAGUGCGCUCAGGAGCUGGGCAGCACCUCCAAAUCGGUCGGGUCCUCUAUGGCACAGCUACUCACCUGUGCAGCCCAAGGCAAUGAACACUACACAGGCAUAGCGGCAAGAGAAACUGCACAGGCUUUGAAGACACUGGCACAGGCGGCUCGUGGGGUCGCAGCAUCCACCACCGAUCCCAAAGCGGCCGCCGCCAUGCUGGAGUCGGCCCGCGACGUCAUGGAGGGCUCUGCGCUUCUCAUACACGAAGCCAAAGAGGCGCUCGUCAGCCCUGGAGAUGCUGAGAGCCAGCAAAGGUUGGCCCAGGUGGCUAAAGCCGUGUCUCAUUCAUUGAACAACUGCGUGAAUUGUCUGCCUGGUCAGAAAGAUGUUGACAUGGCUCUCAAGAGCAUCGGGGAGGCUAGCAAGAAGCUCCUCAUUGAAAGUAUCCCGCCAGCCUCCAAGACCUUUCAAGAGGCGCAGCGCGAGCUCAAUCAGACGGCGGCUGAUCUGAACCAGUCUGCGGGCGAGGUUGUUCACGCCUCCAGGGGCUCCAGCAGCCAGCUGGCGGUGGCGUCUGGCAAGUUCAGUGAAGAUUUUGAUGAGUUCUUGGACGCCGGCAUUGAGAUGGCAGGGCACACUCAGAAGAGGGAUGACCAAGUGCAAGUCAUCAGUAACCUGAAGAACAUCUCCAUGGCCUCUAGCAAGUUGUUGCUGGCUGCCAAGAGCUUAUCAGUAGAUCCUGCAGCAGCCAAUGCCAAGAACCUGCUAUCAGCUGCUGCAAGAGCUGUGACUGACAGUAUCAACCAGCUGAUCACGCUGUGCACUCAGCAGGCACCUGGCCAGAAGGAGUGUGAUAACGCACUGAGGGAGCUCGAGGCCGUACGGGGAAUGCUGGACAACCCCAACGAACCUGUUAAUGACCUCUCCUACUUUGACUGCAUCGAGAGUGUCAUGGAAAAUUCCAAGAUCUUGGGAGAGUCAAUGGCUGGAAUUUCCCAGAACUGUAAGACAGGAGAUGUGAUGUCAUUUGGAAGCUGUGUCGGAUUGGCGUCCAAAGCCCUUUGUGGGCUUACUGAAGCUGCUGGACAGGCAUCCUACCUGGUGGGUGUGUCGGAUCCCAAUAGUCACGCAGGUCACCAGGGCUUGGUGGACCCCAUCCAAUUUGCAAAAGCCAACCAGGCAAUCCAGAUGGCCUGUCAGAAUCUUGUGGAUCCAGAGAGUAGCGCAUCGCAGGUACUCUCAGCAGCCACAAUUGUGGCAAAGCACACGUCAGCGCUGUGCAAUGCCUGCCGUCUUGCCUCCUCGAAGACCACCAAUCCCGUCGCCAAGAGGCACUUUGUUCAGUCGGCUAAGGAGGUGGCCAACAGCACAGCCAACCUGGUCAAAACUAUUAAGGCUCUUGAUGGAGAUUUCUCUGAUGAGAACAGGAACAGGUGUCGAGUAGCAACCGCUCCACUCAUUGAAGCCGUUGAGAACCUGACAAUAUUUGCAUCUAACCCAGAAUUCGCCAGCAUCCCAGCUCAGAUCAGUCAUGAGGGUACAGUAGCCCAGGAGCCCAUCAUCCAAUCAGCACGCUCAAUGCUCGAUAGCUCUACCUAUCUGCUCAAGACUGCACGCUCGUUGGUAAUCAACCCGAAAGACCCGCCCACCUGGUCUGUUCUGGCCGGUCACUCUCGCACAGUCUCCGAUUCCAUCAAAAGUCUCAUCACAGCCAUCCGGGACAAGGCCCCCGGCCAGCGCGAGUGCGACUCGUCCAUUGAUAACAUCAACAAAUGUAUCCGAGACAUUGAGCAGGCCUCUCUGGCAGCGGUCAGCCAGAAUUUACCCAGCAGGGACGACAUCUCUCUGGAGGCACUGCAAGAGCAGCUGACGUCCUCCGUUCAGGAAAUUGGCCACUUAAUCGACCCUGUUUCCACUGCUGCUAGAGGCGAAGCUUCACAACUAGGACACAAGGUGAGUCAGCUGGCUGGCUACUUUGAACCGCUGAGUAAAGCAGCAGUGGGCGUUGCAUCCAAAUUGAGGGACCACCAGCAGCAGAUGACCUUCCUAGAUCAGACAAAGACCUUGGCCGAGUCCGCCUUGCAGAUGCUUUAUGCAGCCAAAGAGGGUGGAGGGAACCGCAAGGCAUCCCACACACACGACGCCAUUGCCGAGGCGUCCCAGCUCAUGAAGGAAGCAGUGGAUGACAUCAUGGUGACAUUGAACGAGGCUGCCAGUGAAGUCGGCAUGGUCGGGGGUAUGGUGGAUUCCAUCGCAGAGGCUAUGGCCAAAUUUGAUGAGGGAACGCCCCCCGAACCUCAGGGCUCAUUUGUGGAUUACCAGACCAGUAUGGUUAAAUACUCCAAAGCUAUAGCGGUCACUGCUCAGGAAAUGAUGACGAAAUCAGUGACGUGUCCAGACGAACUCGGAGGUCUUGCCUCUCAAGUGACCGUCGACUUUAGCCAGUUGGCCGUCGAUGGACGGAUGGCUGCCCAUACCGCGGAGCCUGAAGAGAUUGGCUUUCAGAUCAAGACCCGAGUGCAGGAGUUGGGGCACGGCUGCAUCUUCCUGGUGCAAAAGGCUGGAGCACUACAAGUCACUCCUUCUGACAGCUUUACUAAGCGAGAGCUCAUCGAAUGCGCACGCGCUGUUACAGAGAAGGUGUCCUUGGUGCUGUCGGCUCUUCAGGCAGGUAACAAGGGAACACAAGCGUGCAUCACAGCGGCAAGCGCCGUGUCAGGCAUCAUCGCCGAUCUGGACACCACCAUCAUGUUUGCCUCUGCCGGAACGCUCAACGCAGAGAACGAUGAGUCCUUCGCCGACCACAGAGAAAACAUCCUAAAGACAGCCAAAGCUCUGGUGGAGGACACAAAGAUGUUGGUGUCUGGUGCCGCUUCCGGCCAGGACAAGUUAGCACAAGCCGCCCAAUCCUCUGCCAAAACCAUCACCCAGCUCACCGACGUUGUCAAACUGGGCGCGGCCAGCAUCGGCUCCGAUGACCCAGAGACACAAGUGGUUCUAAUAAAUGCUGUCAAAGACGUCGCUAAGGCACUAGCGGAGCUCAUCAGCGCUACCAAGUGUGCUGCCGGGAAAACGGCAGAUGACCCAUCCAUGUAUCAGCUUAAGGGCGCAGCCAAGGUAAUGGUGACAAACGUGACGUCAUUGCUGAAGACUGUGAAGGCCGUGGAGGAUGAGGCCACACGAGGCACCAGAGCGCUGGAGUCCACCAUUGAGUGCAUCAAACAGGAAAUGGCGGUAUUCCACUCCCGCGACCCCCCAAGCAAAACAACCACACCCGAAGAGUUUAUCCGCAUAACUAAAGGCAUCACCAUGGCGACAGCCAAAGCAGUGGCCGCUGGCAACUCUGCUCGACAGGAGGACAUCAUCCACACGGCCAACUUGAGUCGCAAGGCCAUCUCUGACAUGCUCGCCAGCUGCAAGCAAGCAGCUUACCAUCCUGAUGUCAACGAAGAAGUAAAGAACAGGGCGCUGAGAUUUGGAUCUGAGUGCACUACUGGAUAUAUUGAUCUGCUUGAACAAGUGCUUAUGGUGUUGCAGAGACCUACUGCUGAACAGAAGCAACAGCUUGCGGCCUGUUCAAAACGAGUGGCGGGAGCAGUCACAGAACUCAUUCAGUCAGCUGAGGCCAUGAAAGGUUCCGAGUGGGUGGAUCCAGAGGACCCAACGGUAAUCGCAGAGACCGAGCUGCUUGGGGCGGCGGCAUCCAUUGAGGCAGCUGCGAAAAAGCUGGAGCAGCUCAAACCUCGAGCUAAGCCCAAGCUGGCAGAUGAGACGUUGAACUUUGAAGAGCAAAUCCUAGAGGCCGCUAAGUCCAUUGCUGCUGCCACAAGCGCCCUGGUCAAAUCAGCCUCGGCCGCUCAGAGAGAGUUGGUGGCCCAGGGCAAAGUGGGCUCCAUCCCAGCCAACGCCAUAGACGACGGCCAGUGGUCCCAAGGCCUUAUCUCGGCUGCACGUAUGGUGGCAGCGGCCACAAGCAACUUAUGCGAGGCGGCUAACGCGUCCGUGCAAGGACACGCGAGCGAGGAGAAGCUAAUUUCUUCGGCCAAACAGGUGGCAGCAUCGACUGCACAGCUGCUGGUGGCCUGCAAGGUCAAGGCUGACCAAGACUCUGAGGCCAUGAGGAGGCUGCAGAUUGCUGGCAAUGCAGUAAAGAAGGCGUCCGACAACCUGGUGAGAGCGGCUCAGAAGGCAGCAUUUGACAAAGCUGAUGAAGACAACGUAGUGGUCAAGACCAAAUUUGUAGGAGGGAUUGCACAGAUCAUCGCGGCACAGGAAGAGAUGCUGAGGAAGGAGCGGGAGCUGGAGGAAGCUCGCAAAAAGCUGGCUCAGAUCCGACAGCAGCAGUACAAGUUCUUGCCGAGCGAACUGAGAGAGGACAACAACUAA